AUGCCUUACUCACAAUUACACACUUUACAAAAAAAUGACAACAAUAACAUUAAUACUAAUAAAAGGUAUUAUUGUUAUAGACAUAAAUUAGAUCUAAAGAGAAAUUCUAUGAAUUCUAAUGAAUCUACCAUGCUUGAAAAUUUACAACAGUUUCAAGUUCAGGUAACUGAUAUCCACGAGUUAUUCGGAGAAAAAAAAAAUGUUGCUGCCUCCACUGCAAAAGCUUUUACAAAAUUAAUUCCAAAAAGAAAACCAUCAAAGUGA